GUUAUGAACCCGCUCAUUGUAUUCAUACCGUCUAUUAGCAGACGAUUGUGACAAUGGACCUGCUUGCCCCCUUCAGUAACCUACUCGUGCACUCGCCAGCUCUGCGUCUUACAUCGUUACACGGACACAAUUCCAAGUGGCGUAUGGGGAGCCAACCGGAGAAAACCCAUCAGGCAUGCCAGGGGGUGACAGCAACUCUCAUCUCCUUCGUCAUCUCGGGGCCCCGCGCAGCCUACAACACUUGGCAAGCCCAGGCGGUCACCCGGUACAAGGACAAACCCAGGCUCAAACACGUUGAGCUUUCGAGAUCUGAGAACUCCCAUGCAUGUACAUGGUGGUCCAGAUGUCUUGUGAGCCCCGUUUAAUGAUCUGAAACUGAUUUCUUUUUAAAAGUAAGGUUUAUUUAAAACAUGAAUGAAUAUGCAAAAUAAAACAAUUUUGGGGUCAAUUAAUUGGGCGUUACUGCAUAUGUACUACCAUGUACAGUCCUGUGUUUUCUUUCUUCCAAGACGUCUGGCCAUCGUGGAAGAGUAGGCCAAAUACUGUACCUUCUCGCGGAGUUCUCGAGAGCCCUGCGUCCUGGAGGCUCUUCUGCCAGCAGUGGUGUGAACAAGAAAUCUCAGGUCACACGGGGUCACCUCCAGCAAGGCUGCUGCUGCUCUGUGACGCACGGUGGGCGGGGCCACCCACGGCUCCGCGGAGGGAUACAGCGGGGCUAGGCCCCCCCCCCCCCCCCCGGGACGCGGCGGUGACGCGGCGUCGCCCCUGGCAACGGCAAAAGCCGCGUCCGCUGCCGGGGUUCACGCGGAACUUGACAGGAGACCAACAAACAAACAGACAGACGCGCGUCAACAAAUGUCAACAAACAGACAGACGGCUUUGAAGCCGCGGCGGCCGCAUUAGCGAUGUCAAUAAAAACAAAGCGCGGGGUUAAAUGUUAAUAAAAUAUGAACGCGGGUCGAGAUGGAGAGAGCCAUCACUCAGGCGGCGACCUCUGACCCCGAGGUGAACAAGAAGAUGACGAAGAAGGCGGCGGCGGCGGUGAUGAGGAGGAGGAGGAAAGGGGCGGCGAGGGACGAGGUGAAGGUGAGAGACGAAGUGAGGGACGAGGUGAAGGUGAGGGACGAGGUAGAAGUGGAGUUGAGAGAGGAGGUGGUGGAGGAGGAGGAGGAGGCGGUGAAGGUGGCGGAGGGGAUGCAGAUAAAGCAGCUGAGGACGGUGAUGAAUGACGAGGUGAAGAAGCUGAAGGAGGUGAAGAAGAUGAAGGAGAACGCGAGGAGGAGGAGGAGAGACGCGGGGAAACUGCAUAGCGGCAGCGGAAGCAGCGAGCAGGAGCGCGGCCCAGCGCCGGCCGCCGCCACCGCGGUGGCGCCGCCGGCCACCAGCGAUGCGAGCCUGCGCUGGGAGGGCACGCUGCCCGACCCGGCCGCCGAGGAGGAGCGCAUGCGGCUCUACCGGCUGCGGCGGCGUGAGCGCUACCUGACGGCGCGCCGGGACCUGUGCCGCCGCCUCGACCUGCCGCCGGCGCUCGCCGAGCUCGACCGCGACUCGCCGCCCGCGCCGCGCCGCGCGCCGAACGGCCCCUACGUCCUCACCGCGGAUGAGUACUCUGGCCUGCUGCUCCUGCGGCGGAGGAGUCGGCAGGGCGAGGCGGCGGGCGCCGCGUCGGCGCCGCGGCAACGCCGCCAGGUGGAGCAGCUCGCCGUGCGCUUCGCAGAGUUGCCGCCCGUCGGUGCGGAGGUCGGCCCCGCGGCCGUGUGAGGCCGGAGGGACCGCAACGGUCCCUCGUCAGAACCGUUGUUCGGGGGCCUGUUAGCUGGGCACGGGGGUAGUGGUGCAUGCCUAUGAGAUGAGAUUUGGAGGUUGUGGUUUAUAAGUUGUGCCGGGAUCUUAUUCAAAAAAGGCCCACCUGCUGGGCAGGGGGUUGUGUAGCAAGUAGGUGGCUUGCCCGUCUGUGGAUUUUUUUUUUAUUUUCCGCCCGUAUGAGUGGGUUUUCUCUCACUCGCAAAAUUACUCAAAUGGGAUUUGCCCAAAUCAUCCGUAGCGAGAACCUCCUUAAGAGAACCGAACCUCAUUGAGGCUUUAACUGGGCAAGUGCAUUUAACUGAUCGUAGUUUUGGCCACAGCCCCAUUGUUACUUUUAACGCUGACCCAGUUUAGCAAGCUGCUUGCCAAGCAUGGCAGAUUAUUUUCCUUCAUGGAUGUGAAGACGUGUUCCACCUCGUCGGUUGGAUCUGCGAUGGACUGAUUCGUAUGAUGUUCCAAAAAGUCGUUUCCCCAUUCUCCUUUGGAAUGUCACACCUAACGCUUCGGCUGUGCAAAGUGCACUGAAUAUUGUCGAUGCAUUGUUUACGGCACAACGUCCCAAACUCCGAUCCUCACAACCCACUCAAGUCCGGAUUUCCAUGUUUUCCAAAUUUUCACCAUUCAAGUAGAAAUUAGGUUGUUGCAUACUGCACACACCAGAUGAUUUCUAACUGGCACAAAUCUAAGUCAUUGUUAAUUUGAAUCGGCGCUAAGUUGCAUGUGACGCACACACUCACACGCAAGAUGUCUAUCUUAAUUUGAAAUUGCACUCAACGUUAUCAACCAAUCAUUGAGUGUGCGCAGCGUGUAACAAAUAAUUAAUGUGCACGGUAGCUUGGUAAACGCUAAAAGGUUAACUGUGGCCGGUUUCAAAGACUGGAGUUUAGGGAACCCUGUCACAAAGAUUCACCAACCAAGAUGAAUAAUACAAAACGUGGUUUAUAGACACCAAAAGUUGCCAUUGUGACCGUAAGAUUGGUCGUCCUUCCAGCAGCAUGUAUAAUGCACACCAGCCUUGCUAACAAUCAUUUAAAAUAUUAUUAUUACCAAGAUUUAAGAUUGUGGCCAUAUUAUUGUACCCCUACCCCCUCCGAUUGGAAGUUGUUGGCCACGUGCCACUAUCCACCGACUGUGUUCCGUUUGCCAUAAACUGAACGGUUUGUGGCAACGCAUAGAGUCGCACUCUGUGUUCGUCGGUAUUCAUAUUGAACGUACAUUUGUAUUGCUAUGAACAUCUCACGGUGUGAUUAUUUUUAGGUCCUUUGCAAAUAUUGGAGGCAAAUCUGCUCAUGAAAUUGGAUAACAAUGAAAGCCCCCCCCCGCACACCCCUUUGCCUGCUGUAACCUUUAUACUUUUAUUGCAUCAUGCAAAUAGAUUAGAUCAGAUUUCAGAAGAAACCCUCUCCAAUAUACGAGGCGCCCAAAGGCAUAUGGCUGCAGCGGACGUUGAUGACUCUGCUGUACUGAUGAGUCCUAAUAAGGACGGAAACCUGUUUACAGUUGUGUCUGUCUCACCGCAGGUUAGCCGCGUUUUCCCAACUCCUUGAGUUGGUGGUCUAAAAAUUGCAAGAGAGACUCACGCACGUAUGCACUUCUUUUGAUCCGGUGGUCUGCAUAAGGCUGAGAGCAAUGCACGUGUGUGUGUUGUUUAAAUCUGAAGUUAAUUAGUUUAUUGCAUGUAAACGUUUGGGAUGUGGUCACCCCUUUGUUAUUCCACAAUCAAUUGAUGUCGAUGCACAUGCCAACAUUUUCGCACAAUAUAACAACUCCUAAUCAUUUUUGGAGACUGCUGAAUCUCUGAUUGCGAAUAAGGUUCGGCGCCGAGAGGAUCCAUUUGUAGCUGGUGCAUUCUGAUGGACGCAAAUUAAUUGUCAUACAGUUGUGACAGCUGGGUAGAAACAGUCACGUGUGUAGGUCGGCUUGCAAACAGGCGCCCUGUGUGCGUGGGGAGCUGAGGUGUGGGGAGCUGGGGAGGUCUUUUAUUUAAGCCACAAAUCGACAAGAUCCACCGGUGUCUCCUCUCUUCCUGUUUGCCUCUGCCUCUCAAUUCGCUCGUCCUACCCCACCGCCAAAACGUAUAAUGUUGUUGUCACUCAGGAAUGACAUGUUUCAUGUAUUCCACAUUUCUAUUACACGUCUACGCUUGUGA